CCUCCCCGCAGCACACAGGAAACAGAUCAUUUCUGUAACGGCCUUCUCGACCUCGUUCUCAACCUGAAGAUGGCGACCUUGCGAGCAACGCUAGCUUUUGACGCUCUCAAGAAAGCGAAUAAGAUUUUGCUCCCCUCUGGAUGGCAAAGAUCCAUUUUUAACUGGUCAAGAUGUUACACCACUGGAACAGUAGAGCACAUGGAUGACCCUAUUGAAGGAGCUGAGAGGAAGUUGGUCACUUUGAUUCCAGGUGAUGGUGUUGGUCCUGAAUUGGUGGCCACUGUCAAAACAGUAUUCAGCUCAGCUGGUGUUCCUGUUGAUUGGGAUGAAGUUCCAAUAAGUGACAUUGGCCCCUAUGGUAGCAAAUUCUCAAUAGAAGAUGUUCAAAGAUCUAUGGAACAAACUGGUGUGGGUCUGAAAGGUGCUUUAACUACUCCAUCAAGCAUUAGUGGACAAGAUCAUCUUUCAUUAACACAGAAGCUGAAAACUGAACUUGAUCUGUUUGCCAAUGUUGUACACUGUAAAACACUUCCUGGUGUUAAGACAAGACAUUUAGGUGUUGAUAUUAUUAUUGUUCGAGAACAAACAGAAGGGGAAUAUACUAGUUUAGAGCAUGAGAGUGUUGCUGGCGUUGUGGAAAUGAUCAAGGUUGUCACGAAGAAGAAGUCUCAAAGAAUUGCUAAAUUUGCUUUCGACUAUGCAAUGAAGAACAACAGAAAAAAGGUCACUGCAGUACACAAAGCUAAUAUCAUGAAACAGAGCGACGGCUUAUUUUUGGAAUCCUGCAGUGAAAUCUCCAAAUUGUAUCCAAAAAUAAAAUUCGAAGGAAUGAUCGUGGAUAAUGCGUGUAUGCAGCUUGUUUCGAACCCAGGCCAGUUCGAUGUCAUGGUUCUACCCAAUCUUUACGGAAGUAUUGUGGACAAUGUUGGUGCAGGUUUAGUUGGUGGUGCUGGGGUGGUGCCAGGCAAGAGUUUUGGGCAGCGAUUCGCUAUUUUCGAACCAGGAGCAAGGCACACAUUUGCACAGAUGGCUGGUCGCAAUGUUGCUAACCCCGUGGCAAUGCUGCUUUGUGCUAGCGAUAUGCUCGAGCAUUUACACCUUUUCAAACAUGGUCGAAUGGUGAGAAAUGCAGUUCUCGAGACGCUUUCGAAAGGAAAGAAUCUUACCUUGGAUAUUGGCGGUAGCUCAGGAACAUCAGAUUUUAUCAAAACGGUCAUUGGAAAUUUAAAAUAAGUUGACUAAACAAAUCGGUUCUAAAAAUUGAAAUUCAUAUUUAACAGUAGUGAGCAAAAAAAUUUCAAAGGUGCGUGUUAUUGUUCGAAGCUUAAAGUAAGUUUAAUUUCCUUUUUUAUUUUUCUGUAAAUAUUAUUCUAUAAAAUUGAAGAGGUUCGCAAUAUUCUAAA